AUGGCAAUUGUGGCGAAGAAGACGAAGAUGGGCGAAAAAGACCCAUCAGAGGAGAUCAUGCUCUUAUGGGCCCUCCAACAGCCCACAGUCCACAAGCAGAACUCUCUCGUCCUCCAAAACUCCCAGACCCUCCCCUUCGACGCCUGCGGCCACCACCUCACGAUCCUCCAAUCCCCCUCCUCAAUGAGCACCCCUGGUGUGACUGGAGCUGUGAUGUGGGACAGUGGGAUUGUGCUUGCUAAGUUCUUGGAGCAUUCUGUCGAUUCUCAGAGUCUUGUUCUUCAAGGGAAAAGGGUUGUCGAGUUGGGCUCAGGAUGUGGUCUAGUUGGCUGCAUAGCAGCUAUUCUAGGUGCUGAUGUUAUCCUAACUGAUCUCCCUGACCGAUUGCGUCUUCUGAAGAAAAACUUGGAAGUCAAUUUCGAAGGAGGAAACCUUCGGGGUUCAGCAAGAGCUAGUGAACUUACAUGGGGUGAUGAAUUGGACAAUGAGUUCAUAGAACCACUGCCUGAUUUUAUACUUGGUUCGGAUGUAAUAUACAGCGAAGAUGCAGUUAAUGACCUGCUUGAUACACUGAAACAACUUUCUGGGAGCCAUACAACUAUUUUCCUCUCCGGAGAACUACGUAAUGAUGUUGUGCUUGAGUGUUUCCUGGAGGCUGCGCUCAAAGAUUUUGUAGUUGGGCACGUCGAUCAGACACAAUGGCAUCCUGAUUAUUGCAGUCAGCGUGUAGCGAUGUUUGUUUUGGUGAAGAAAAGUCAAGAAAUGUUGGAAGUCCAAAGGGUUCAGUUGUUGUAAGUUAGGAGUAGAGGAAUCAAAGCUGUAUGGAGAUUUCUAUUUUGCAUAUAAUUAUUGUAGGUUUAAAACAUUUUCGGUAACUUUUUAUCCUUGAAUGGGUCAUUUUCUUCUGUGAUUUGUUGUGUAAUAUGUAACACAUUGCAUACAGAUAAAUGAAAUGACAGAAAUUGUAGAUUCUAAA